AUGAACUCCACCACAAUACCAACAACACUUCUUUAUUUCAAUCCCUCUCCUGCCGCCUCCACUGAAUCGUCAUCAAAACGCCAAGCUCACAACCCUAGACACGUCCAAUUGAAACUCGACAAACGACAAAACGGCAGGAAUUUCUUAUCAAAAUCCAUAAAAUGCACCCAGAAUCGCGGUAUUCGAAACCCGACCGCGCUGGCUUCUUGCUUGGAGGCGACGGAGGCUCCGCCUUCGAAGGCCGCGGAGCUGGUUGCGGACAAGCUAAAACGACUCGUUUUGGAAUUUAGGUCUCUGGCCGAGCCGAUAGACCGCGUGAAGCGACUAUUACACUACGCGGCGAGACUGCCUCCGUACAACGAGUCGACUCGGAAGCCGGAGAGCCGAGUCCCGGGCUGCUCGACUCAGGUCUGGGUCGAGGCCGAGAUGGACGAGUUGGGGAGGAUGAGGUUCCGAGCCGACAGCGACUCGGAGAUCUCUAAGGGCUUCUGCUCGUGCCUGAUUUGGAUGCUGGACGGCGCGGAGGCGGCGGAGGUUUUGGAGGUCAAGACGCGAGAUUUGGAGGACGUGAAUGUGGGGGUGUACGGAAAGGUGAAUUCGAGAGUGAACACGUGGCACAACGUGUUGUUGGCGAUGCAGAGAAAGACUCAAGCUUUGGUUGUGGAGCGAGAGGGGAAGCGGCCGUUGGAGGCUUUGCCUUCUCUGCUUGCGUCCGCCAAUGAGGUUAGCGGUUAA